AGGGUGUGUGCUGGGUGUGUGCUAAGAUUCUGAUUUGACCUUAAUAAACUACUCUCUGCCAAAUUGCAAAGAAGACUUUUGCAGCUAGUUCCUAGCUACAUUAUAUGAUGGCUGAGCCAACAGGAGAGCUUGAAGUACUGCCAAUUGGUCUCAAGACUGUGAUAGCUGAUGAUGACCUCAAAGUGAGCAUCUACUACCUGGAGUGUCUGGCCCAGGCCACCUACCUCAUACAACACGAGGAUAAGGCUCUCAUUGUGGACCCUCGUAGGGACGUGGACGCUUAUCUUCAGGAGUUUCAGAAGGAGGGACUCAAACUGACCGGUAUCUUGGAGACUCACUUCCACGCUGACUUUGUGUCCGGUCACUACGAGCUCUCGCAAAGAACUGGAGCACCCAUUUAUUUCGGGCCCACAGCUAAGGAGAGGACUAAGUUUGAGAUACACCAAGUGCAAGAUGGGGAGGUGAUCCCCUUCACUGGCCGCUACUCAGUGCGUGUCCUCCACACUCCUGGCCACACCCCCGAGUCUGUCGUCUACCUGCUCACCGACAAUACCAACAGUACACCAAUACAGGCAUUCACAGGUGACACCUUGUUCAUUGGCUCGUGUGGGCGUCCGGACCUGGUGGGGUCAAUAGGUCGUACGGCUGAAGAGAUGGCUCAGUUCAUGUUCAAAUCACUCACCAACAAGAUCAAGACUCUGCCAGACCAUGUCAAGGUGUUUCCUGCCCACGGUGCUGGGUCCCCCUGUGGCAAGAACCUCAGCAACAAACUCUAUUCCACCAUUGGAGAUGAGAAAGCAACUAAUCCAGCUCUCUCAUUCGACAAGGAGUCGGAAUUUGUGGCUUUCCUAAUCGAGGGACAGCCAGUGGCCCCAGGCUACUUCCUACAUGACGUGCAAAUGAACUUGACUGGAGCACCCCCUCUCUUGGAGGAGCUCGCUCACAUCCCUCACCUAUCACCAGCUGACUUCAAGCAGCUAGUCGACUCUGGAACCACCACCAUCUUGGACACGCGACCUCAAGUUGACUUCAACAGUGGUCAUAUUCCCGGGUCGAUCAACUUCUCCCUGGGUGUGGCCGAGGGGGCUGGAACCAUCGUGGGGGUCGAGGACGGGAACUUUGCCAUCUGGGUUGGUACCUUGAUUUCCAAUGAUACUCCCCUCCUUAUCGUCAACUCACUUGGUAAAGAGAGCGAGGCUCUGCAGAGGCUGUCCAGAAUCGGAUACACUAGCUAUAUCAAGGGUAUUCUUUGUGGUGGAUUCGGUGCAUACAAGGAGGCGGGGCUACCCGUGGAGAAGCACUGCAGUGUUGAUCUGAAAUCCGGCCCCCCUCUGGACUCGUACGUCUCCAAGGGGUACCAAAUUAUUGAUGUGCGUACAGAGGGGGAGUAUGGGGGUAACAAGGUCAGGGGGGCACUCAACCUACCUCUCGCCAAACUCAGGACACUCCAGAAUAGCCUGGACAAGAGCCAGAAGUACAUAGCGUACUGUGUGUCUGGCUAUCGGUCGGCUAUUGCUUCAUCUCUUCUGAGACAGGCCGGCUUUGAUGUGGUGGACGUCACCUUUGGCUUUGCAGCUGUCAGCGUUUUCGCCCCCACCCACACCACCACUGGAAAGGUGUGUCCUUCCAUGAAGAAGCUGAUUAGUGGACUAGUAUAAGACAUUCAGUUGUAAUAAACAGCUAAUUAAUUGUUUGUUUGUGGUAUCAGUGGCUUUUUGUAAUACAAGUCAGUGAAGUAAUAAUUAUGGCUGUAUCUUGAAUUCUUUGAACAUGUACAUGUAAUAUACUGUUGAAAGAAUAUAAAUUGUACAGUGAAUUA